AUGGGCACCCUCCGCCUGCUCGGGGCCAUUGCCCUUGGCUCGCUCGUCACGGCGGGCGGCCUGCAAGACAAGGCUUCGCUGGCCAUCAACAGCACCACCUCGUGCACGACCACUGCAUCCGCCACGAUCGUUACCUCUUUCCUCGUCAACGGCUCCGCUACUACUUGCACCACCACGAUCCCAAUCAACGCUACCGCCGGGUUCACCUGGAGCAGCAGUACCCCUUCGUUCUCUUACUCGCCUGUUUCGUCUACUGAGAGUUCCUUGACCACGAGCAGCUCUUCUGGCAUAACUACCUCUUCGGUCACUCCUUCGUCUCCUUCGAUCGGUCCAGAUUCAUCGACUACUUCUGUCACGAGCGUUCCUUCCGAUUCCGGAAGCGGCUCAGCGACUACUUCAAGUUCGUCUUCGACGCAGUCGAGCAGUACUCCCAUAUCUUGGCCAUACGCUCCUACCACAAGCAACAGCACGGUCUGGUCGAGUACAUCCAGUUCGACGUCAUCCUCAUCGGGCACCACGCCGUUUGCUGCGACGACGUAUACCAGUUCCUCGAGUCAGACAAGCUCCUCAGAGUCAUCAUCAGGCUUGUCAACAACAGCUGAGACUAGCACGACCUACUCUAGCCUGACUAUCUGGACCUCUCUUUCUGGCACCACUGUCAACCUGACCACGGUCAGCCUCUCCAGCAUAUCGACCAGCUCUUCGAUUUUGUCGAGGAGCAAGAGCAGCGCAGACUUCCGUACAAGCAAUACCCUGAGCAACGGCACCGUCCUCGGCACGACAUCGACCGGUUCAGCCCCUUCCCCCAGUUCAACUCAGAGCUCAUCCAGUUCGACUCAGAACUCCACAACUUCCACUGGGCAGCUCUCCUCCGAGAGCAGCGAGAGUCAGAGCACAACUGAAGUAUCUUCGACAAGCACGAGGGAAGCAUCCUCGACAAGCACGACUGAAGCAUCUUCGACGAGCACGACUGAAGAGUCGUUGACAAGCACGAUCUCAAGCACACCGAGUAUUAGCCAUGGCAAUUCCACUGGAACUUCAAUCGCAGGGACGUCAAGCUCUGCGCCAUUCGGCAACAGCACCGCGAGCGUCAGCCAGAGUACGACCUUGUCAACAACAAAGAUAUCUUCAUCUGGAUCAGGCACGACGGCAGUGACUUCCAGCAAGUCAGAUCUUGGCAUUCCCCCUGGCAACGGCACUACUAUUGCGCCUCCCACUACGCUACCUCCUUCGCCCGUCACUUCCGUCUACUCAACCAGCGGUAUGCUGACGACAGUGACCUUGUACCCUCUCCCGGCUGGACCAACAAUGAGCAUCACCAACCGCAAUGGGACUCUGGGAACCAUGACCAUCUGGCAGUCAACUACUUGGGCCACGACCCCGCCUUCCACCAGUGAGACCCUCUCAUUGGCUGAGAUAUCAUCGACAACCGCAGCUUUGAGCACCUUCACCGGCGACUCUCCUCCAUCGGAGUCUGUUGGACCAACUGAAGGCAUUCCAUCGCCCUUCGUGACCGUCUUCCCUACAGAUGGCACGUCCACUACGAUGACAUUCUGGCCUGCUUACUCACCCACACCGUCCUUGAGCAUUACCACAUUGCCCAGCACAACAUCGACAAUGAGCCUCUGGCCUUCGAUAUCUUGGGAGACUUCUCAGCCUUCUUCUGUAACUGAGGAGCCGACGUCCGCAUCGACUGAUUGGUCCACCUUCUCUUCAAUGCCUACUAUGGAGUCAACCGACCUGAGCACUUUCACUGGGUCUGAUGAUAGCCCGCCUGCGUUCUUGACCAUGACUUCGGGCACUCCAGUUCCGUACAUCACGGUUUGGUCAGAGGACGGACAGAUGACCACGCAGACUGUUUGGCCAAUGUUCACUGCCAUCCCAACUUCCAUUUACACUCUUUCUUGGGAGGACAGCUUGACAACAGUUACGACUUCGGCAAUCUUUCCAUACGUGACUGGCUCUGUCGAAGAUCAGUACGAAGUCCGUGACGAGCAGCAGGAUGAUCUUAUCGCCGUCAUCGACGGUCUACGACACUGCAUCGACAUCUUCGACAUUGGCCUUUGCGAGGCACAGGUUGAGCCUUUGAGACAGUACGUCUUCUGGCUUUGCGGCUGGUUGCACUUCGACUGCAGCAUGUACACCGGUCACAAAGGCAGCGGCGGUGAUGGUGGUGGCCCCAACGAUCCUUGCUACAAGCCGAAGUGCGGCAUCGACCUUCUUCAUCCGGUGGACACCGUGAAGUGUUUCGUGCAGCAGGCGAUGGCCGCCCUCUGCGACAUCCUCAACCACGACAUCAAUGGCCUCAAGCUGGAGUUUCCUCAGCUCCACGGCUUCAGCAUCAUCUUUCCAAAGCUGGCUCUGCCCCCAAUCGACCUUGGCCCUGGCCCAGACCCAAACAGUCCGACACCCCCGGAGCCAACUCCAGAUCCAACAAAUCCCACCGCGACUGAGCCAACGACCUCACCCACUGGCUCAGAGACGUCAUCAUCGGAAGAGUCCUGCACUGAGACCAUCACUGCCACGAACACUGCUGUCACUUGCUCCGUUGGCCCUGCUGCCCCAGGCUCCAAUUCGACCACCACAGCAUGCAGCUCCAAUACGCAGAUCACUCGCGGAUGCAGCGUUACUCCAACAGUCACGACGACCACCAUUCGAUCCUGCUCUCAAACCUCAACAGUGACCGAUGCGGCUGUCAACUGCUCACAGACCGUCAUUGGGGCAUCAUGGACGGACGUGAGCCUCGUCUGCAGCACCACCACAUCGCUCGUCAGCGGCUGCGACGUCACGGCUACGACUACCACGUCGACCGCUUUUUCCUGUCCAACUAGUCCAGUGCAGCCGUCUGCAAACGGUACGAUGGAGUGCCUUGUUCCAAUGUGCUCGUCGGACCUCUGCGGCGAAGCGUGUGACUGGCAUCCGCAGCAGAACAUAUCGACGAACAGCUCCCUCGUCCUUUCACGAGACCUGUUCAACAGCUUCGUACUCUCAGAGCCCGAGAGCGUUGAUGCAUCGGCCUUCAAUCGCUUCAUGCUGCAACAGUUCCGGUGCGCCAAGCAAGUGCCUCAGCCGGCGACCCGGUGGCCGCCGAAAGACAUCAAUGACCCAGCCCGCUGGGGAACCACUGCCAUCUUCAUGCCAUUCGAAGACCACCCGGAUGUCCUCGCAGUUGGCGCUCUCUACGGCUGCACGACAGUUGUGGUUGCAUCGCACCAAGGCGCGUGGAUGUCUCACAUCUGGGAGAUCCCGACCUUCGCUACCUCACUCAUCAAAGACUUUAAAGAUCCUGCUGGUCAGCUCUUCACCGGCAACGGCAAAGACGCCAGCAUCUCCGGUCUGGAGGGAUACAUGAAGCCCAUGGGCUCCUUCGACCCCAACGGCGACUACAACAUCAAGGUUUGGAUCGUCACGCCUAUCGAUAUCGAGUACCUUGGCAACCCUCAGCCAGACCUUGAGCAUCUUCGUUGGCCGCGGAAGGUGACAACUAUCCUCGACAUGCUGAAGGGUCGUCUCAAAGUCACCCCAAACAUCAUCACCUACACUCCACUCACCAAGGAGCGCCGCUUUUACAACGCCAAGGGCGAGCUCGACAAAGCUGCCGUCAACAAGGAGCUUGCCUCCUCCGCUCGCGGCAAAGUCAUCCUCCAAUAUGAUCCCAAGCAGAUUGAAUGCUCAAAGAGCAAGAAGCAGCAGGCCAUCUGGCGGUUGUGGGUCGAUGAAGAGAACGGCCGAAAGUAUGUCGAUCAGGACAUGUGGGAUGCCGACGAGGAUCAGAUUGGUGAGGAGUCUGAUGAUGAGCGGGCUGCCUUUGCGCGAGAUGUCGCUGAGCAGUGCAGCGACUCCUGUACCCUUGGCCUGGAGAUGAUCUACUUCUCCAAUGGCAUCGAGAAGGGCUGUCGUCCUCCACGCUGCUCGUACGGAACAUGCCCAGUGUGCGCACAGCCACCAACAUCAUCGUCAAAUAUUACCAGCGUCACGGGUAACAGCCUCUUCCUGAGCUGGCCAGGGCAGGACCCGGGAGAUUGGGAGGCUUACAUGAAGCGGCAGACCCUCAGAGCUGGGAAGGCCAACACUCUGGUCCGUCACAAUCAAUUCGGCCGUUUUCACAGCACCACCGCGAAAUUCGUUUCGUUUGGCAAGAAAGAGGAAGUCCUGGCGCUGACUGGUCUCUACGGAUGCACCUCUGUUGUUGUCGUGAGCCAGAAGGGUGCGUGGAUGUCGCACAUUUGGCAAGGCGGUGGUUUUGAGCGACGUGUGAAGGACAUGAUCGUCGAACUCGGAGAUCGAGAGUGGUCCUCCCUCAUCGAUGAGAUGUUCUCAAACCCUCUUUCUGAUCCCGAUCUCCAGGGUUUGGGUGAACUGAUGUACCCUGGAUUGGCAUUUGGUCCAGACGCGGAGAACUUGCGUGUCUACGUCUUCACACCGAGGAAGUAUCCGGGUACCCAAGGCCACAUCCCGCCGGAGAAUGCCCUCGAGCAUCCGGAGAAGGUUGACGCGCUCAAGCGUCGAUUCAGGGCCAAGUUUGCGACAAUGCCAAUUGAGAUUCGAUACACCCCUCUCAGCUACAGCAUUGAAUACUUCAAGGAUGGCGCAAUCGACUAUGAGACUUUCGACCCGGCUCUGGCUGAGAAAGCAAACGGGAAGAUCAAUGUCCAAUACGAUCCAAUGCAGGUCCGCUGCACAAAAGACAAAGACGGCAAGAUCGAGCGGAAGCAGAAGGCCAUCUGGCGGCUAUCCGCAGACAUUGUGCCGUUCCGUCAGCCUCGUGCGGACUUCGAACAGAUGUGGGACACUCUUCCUGAUCAGCUUGAUCCGAAUGAGAAAUGCGAGCCUAAGAACAGGGAAGCCUGCAGUGCGGCGACAUGUGGCAAGUGUGACGAAGACAGUACCGAGAACCGAGAGUUGUCGGGAUCAUCUGCGCUCUCUUCCCGCGAACUGCUAUUGUCCAAUGGCACGACUCUGGUGGUGGCAGGACAGGAGUGGGCGGCGUUGCAAGAACAGCUUUUGCUGAGCAACCUCACCAACGAGUUGGUGCUCGAAGUCCCGGACUCCCACACUGGCGACAGAAAUAUGGACUUCUUCAACUACUGGUCGUUCUUGCGGAGAGAGUGGUUUCGAUCAGCCAGAGUCCCGCAUGGGAGGUCCAGCAGGUUCAAUCAUGGAUCAACCGCCGACUACAUUGCAUUCGGCAUGGCGAGCGAUGGUAUCGCUCUUCGUGGCCUUUGGGGCUGUUGGUCCGUCGUACUCAUCUCUGAGAAAGGCUGCUGGAUGUCACACGUCUGGGAACAGUACGCCUUUGUUGCUCGACCACUUGGCGAGGACCUCCAGGUCGUUCUCGACGAGCUGCGCGACGGUGAGGAUCCCCCUUACACCAAUGGACUGAUGGGUUUCGGGCAGUACAUGGCCAAGGACGGACCGUUCGACAAGACGUCCACGAAAGUCCACCCGUUCAUCAUCCACAACGUUGAGCGCGACACAGGGCGUCCAUACUAUCAAGAGGAUCUCGACGAGAUGGAGGUUUGGCUGAACGAGCUAUUCGGAGUGCCGGGUCGAGACGAGCCAACGACACUGAUACCAUACGUGUCCAUGACCGGCUUUGAUGCGUUUACCAAGUUUCAGAAAGACAAGGUGAAUGGAUGGAAAGGCACCACGCAAGAGCUCGCCAACUUAAUGCCUUUCGGCAGAGUCUUGGUUCAGUACGGCCCAAAGCAGAUUCCUCGAGGACCUGGCCAGGAGUGCGCGCAGUCUGCUGCUCGCAUGUAUGUCGACAUUCCACCCAACUACGAUGCGCAGUUCAACCUCAUGUGGCCUUUCAGAGGUAUCCCAACUCUUCCAGCUCCGCCUCCGCCACCUGCAAUGCUCGAUGCCGAUGCCAUGGACACCACCUCGUCGCUCGCGAUACCCACUCAUGCCGUGUGCACCAUGGAGGCGACUUUCAGCAUUGCGGCGACGUUUUCAUCCGACUUCUACUCCCAGUUUACGGAUUUCAUGACACUGACGGCACCGCCAGCUUCCAUCACCAGCACAGAGACCUUCUCGACUCGGUCCAUGAACAGCAGCACGGCCAGCAUGACCUCUGCAUCCGAAUCUACGUCGACGGUGACAAAUUCGACCAUCACCUCGCCGACGCAGACAUCGACGAACAGCACAUCCACGCCGAUGACUUCGCCCUCGGCAUCGAUGCCCACCAUGUCGUCUACCAACAGCAGCACCACUCGAGGCCCCACGACGACGAUGCCGCUCACGUCAUGCAGCCUCGCACCGUUACCAAUCGAAGACAACGGCGGAACUGACCCCAAUCCCCUCAGCGGCUGCGCAUGCGACAGUGACGUUUCAGCCAACAUGGUGACCAUGGUGGGCGAAGACCAGACAACGACGUUAGGUUGCGCCGCUGGUAUCACCUUCUACACUCCAGUGCAGACUGCGGACCCUGUCGCAUCUGCCGCACCUCUGCCCACAAACUUCUGCAAGCUCCACGUUGAGCAAGCCGUCCGCAACAAUGGAGACGUUCAUGUCGGCUGGAACGUGGCCAUGGAGCUUUUCGAUCCUUCUGGCAAGUCGGUGUCGAAGAAGAUGGAUAACGCUGCGCUGAGCUGGACGCAGACGUACUUCACAGGUGGCUUGGACUGGGUAGACUCUCCAAACGCGGAGAUCACCUUCGGCAUUGAUCCAGUGUCUGGUCUGUCGAUUACACAAGACGAGAUCGACGCCAACUCUGACGGCCUUGGUCACGGCGAAGACUGGACGCAGUGGCUGGUGCAGCUGAGCACAUCGAACAGCGGCACCAUUCUCUCGAAUCAGUGGCCGACAGACUUCAUCAUGUUGUCCACUCCUCAGCCGUUUUGUAUUCAGGGCGAGUGGCAUCCUGCUGGGACCAAUAUCUUGGACCAGGCGCGCGACCUGGACUUCUACUGGGACUGUGGCUUGCCAGCCUCAACCUCUUGGGCUGCCCCAACUUCUACCUCCUUCACGCCGUCGUCGACCAUCACAGAACCUCUGAUCUCACCCAGCACUACCACAGAUGCCUAUGCAGUCCAGACUUGUACCGUUGAGGUCGAUGAGGGUCCAUGGACUAUUGCAGAUGAAGUUGGUCAAGAGAUACAUGGCGGCUUGAAUGUCUCCUUGAAGAUCUCCGACGCUUCUCAGCAGGUGCUCGCCUGGCAAUGGUUCUCAAACCAACACGACUUCUUUCAUGAGUUCGUGAUCCCAGGCGAUGAUUGGAACGAUGCGAACGGCAUGUCGGUUCUUUUCUCAAUCAAUCCGGACACGAAGGAGGAAUUCACAGGAUUCGAGCUGCUGCCUCGCAUGGAGGAGCUCGCGAGAACCACGUGGUACACCUCCUGGGCUACCUUAUUUCGUACUGGAGACGUCUCUUGGCUCGCGAACGACACCAUUCAAGGCGAGAUGCCAUUCUGCGACGUUGGCUCAUGGGAGGGCAAUUGGUGGGAGCCUGGUGCCAAGGUCGAGCGCAUCAUCACCUGCUACUGGGACUGCGGGCAAGGCAUACCUCCAACAACCUCGACAUCGAGCGUAUCAGCGCCGUCCCCAACGCCGACUCCUGACGCAGAAGAUUGCCGCCUCCACGUCGCCGAGCAAGUACUCGGCACUGACUUGACGACGGAUGUCUCCUCCAACGCUGAGAUCGCCGGCCUGCUGAACAUCAGCAUGUCUCUCUACGGCGUCGAGAACAACCACCACUUCUGGACCACCACCUGGAACUCCACCGGCUUCAACGCCCGCUACUCCAACCGCCCGACGAACGAGGGCGUUAUGUGGAACGUGCAAGCCAUCUUCGGCCUCGACGAAGGCAACGCCAUCACCGACGAUACCUACGACCCCGCCAAGUGGUCCGACUACGAUGCGCUCCUUGCCAUGGAGAUGAGCAUCGACGGCGGUGCGACUUGGAGCAUGAUGGAGUAUCUGCGUUGUCAGAUUAGUGCGUGGACGACGCAUGAGGUGGAGCAGCAUCCGAGGAGGGAGUUUGAGUGUCUGUUUGAUUGUCUCAAGUGGAUGCAUGAGUUGGAGGGGGGUGAGUGA